UUAAUCAAAUCAAAAGGUAUUUUGGUCUACAUUUCUACGCUCGGCCCAAUGCUGUACCACAGAGUUUUCCUCGAGAGUGACGCGCGUGCGAGGUCAUUGACCGGUAAGUGGAUUGCUUUGUUUUCUCUAGUAAGGCGUACCACUGCGUUGCAUUAAAUGAUAUAAGAUCACAUCAUUUAACGCAAUCACUUAAUGGAUUGUUCUUAAUUUUUUUUUUCAUUUACAAGGCAGCUGAAUAAGACUUCCUGGGCAUUUCUAAAGUAGGAUUUUAUUGGUAUUUCACUAUAGUGCUAGGGGCUUCCAAUAUGCGCAGUCUCCUUUCUUAUUCUAAAACAUCCGAGAGAUUUCAAAGAAAAUUGAUUUGCUGGCUUGUUUGCUAUAUGGCUGCGUCUUAUGGAGAAGCGAUUUGUGUGUAUCUUUUUUGAUACGACAGAAAAAAAAAUAGUUUGGUCAAAAAGCCAUCAGUAUUGCAAACAAAGUUGCUAUCUCUAGGCAACGGGAUAACCUAUAACGACCUAUUGGUGCAGUGCACACACAGGAAGAAAUUAUUGCCAUUCAGUCGUUAUGGUAACCGUUUAUGGUGUUCCAUGUUUCAAUAACCUGGCGCUCAGUUUGAUGUACCUUAGCACUCGAUAAAUACGAGCCGUCAUCCAGUUCAUGGUCAGUUUCUGUCCUAGAAGCUUGUCAGCGUCUUACAUUCGGAGCUGGGCUUUUUGCAGUAUUUCUUAGACGAUGGUUCAUUCGAAACCAAAUAUUCCGGUCUAUCAAGAUGUAAUGUUUUUGUUUAGAUUCAUCUCAUUUACAGGAGCUUCAACCUUCGUCCCUUAUGGAGAAGGGAUGCAAAAUCCACGAAUAUCCACAGUUUUGGUUAGGAUUCUUCAGCAAAUCACUUGUUUAGCUAUCUUCCUGUUGCUACUAGCGAUGUCCGUCUUUGAGUUUAUCCAAUUUGUUACUGUGAUCGUGAAAAUGAAAAAUAUAGGCGAAGUUAUUCCAAACAUUAUAUGGAUAACAUCUUUCCCACUUGCCAUGGGGGCCCAAGCUUUUUACAUCUUCCAGAGACCAAAACUUCUAAAAUUCUUUGAGAACUGGCAAGAUAUCCACACGAUGUAUUCCGAAAGCAAUGGCCACGUUACUGAGAGACAAACACGACCACGCAUGUAUAUCAUCUACUUGUUAACGGUGUGUACUUCCGUAGCGAUGGUCAUGGUACUCAUCUUAGACUUUCCCAUUCUACCUUUUUUGCCGUCUACGUACGAACCAUUGGCAGCCAUCCCCUUGCACACUAACAACUUGUAUCUCACCUGCGCUUUGUUUGGUGUGUCGCUCUUCUACGCCUGGAAUCUUUCCGCUGCUUCGGAUCUUGUGCCAUCAAUGAUCUAUUUUCAUCUCGCUCUUGCGUUGAAGAAAACCAGCGAAUUUUUUAAAGAGCCGCAAAAUGUCCUUGAUUCUCAAACUAUAGAGAACAACUGCAAGAAUUUAGAAGUGGAUGAAACCAACUUUAACAGUCAUCCGUCUGCCGUCAAAGGAUCUCAGGAUAGCAAUCAAGUGAUAUGGCAAAAAGGAUGGCUCUAUUACGAAGCUAUUCGUAAAUUGAUCAAUGAAAGUAACUCCAGAUUCGGAUCAAUGCUUCUUCUCAAUCAUGGAGCUAUGUUUUUUGUGGCUAGUUCUAACGUCUUUAGUAUCUUGCGAUGGUAUCGAGGAAUGUCAUGGCUUUUGCUGCUUGUCAAUGGAAUGAAUGCUGUUGCCACAAUUCUCCGCUUCAUUACUACGAUUCUGCUUUGUAGUAGGUUGUAUGCUGCUGGUGAACAUCUUCAAUCGAACAUUUGUCGGUUUCUUGCUAUAACAUGGUUCCGAUUGAAACCCGACGAGCGGCAGUUUUUCACUGCUUUUCUUGUUCGUGUUCAAGACGAUGGAAUUGUAGCUUCUCCUCUGGGACUCUAUCCCAUACGGCCGUCAAUUCUUUUGGCUUUGCUUUCCCUUAUGGUUACUUAUCUCAUUGUUCUGCUUCAAUCUUCCGAAGUCUCGACGUUUUCUGAGUAUGGAAAUUUUACCGGGCUUAUUACUGGCACACGUUUCUACAAUCCAUUAAAUGUUUAAGCUAACUCUGCCAUGGUGUAAAAUCUACGAAGAAAACUGUUUUAUUAUAUUUAGUCCCUGUUUAUAUUUAGUUAGUUUAAAACGUUGGUAAUUUUUCAUUUAGGUGUCUAUUGGAUUAUUCUUCGUAAGCAAGAAUGAUCUAAAGAUUUUUUCAGUAAAAGAUUAUGAUCUCUUUUCCCGUGAGCGGACUGAAGUCUUAGAAGGCAUCACCUAUGGUUUGUAAAGAAAAUUCCCGUAAGUGAAUGCUAUCAACUUAUUAUUGAUGUUAAUCUAAACGUUUUCCAAGGUUUACGUAAAUGUAUUAUUGAUCGAGAUCAUUUUAAAAUAUUUGGUAUCACUAUAUUUAAUGAAAAUAUAUAUUAUUCAUUUUUAAUCAAA